AGCAGCGGACGGAGAACCUUCAUUUGCUAUGGGAAUUCAGAGGCUUUGCUUCGGCUUUUAAGGCUGGUUGUUCGUGGCUGUUUCGCUAAUUUUCACUCUAGAAAAAUUGCUAAAAGGGCUCGUGCUAAAAUAUUGGAGCAAGCUCGUCAUAUUCCGUUACCACACAGUGAAAGUUCAUUUUCGGAAGAGGAGGGUGAAUAUAUUUUUGAGAUGGGUGAUCAAACACUAAAGCAGCUUGCAGCUCCAACGUUUGAUCCAAAUUUAUUGUGCAUAGUAGAUGAUGAUGCAAAAAUUGAGAUCAAGCCGGGGUUGAUUAGAGCUCUUCCCACAUUUUCAGGCUUCUGUAAUACUAACUCCUUGGGUUCAGUUCACAUGAAUGAGGCUAGCAGAUUUUUAAAGGAAUUUCACAUAGCAUGUGCGGGGAUGAAAUCGGUUGGGGUCACCCUCGACCAACUCAAGUUAAAGGUAUUUCCUUUUGCCUUGUGUGAUGCUGCUAAGGAGUGGUUGUUUGAAGUACCUGCUGGAACCAUCACAACUUGGGAUCAAAUGCUAAAAGUAUUCGCAGAAAGAUAUUUUCCAGCAUCUUUGAUAGCCAAAAUCAGGAAUGAAAUAUGUGGGAUUCGACAGGACGAUGUAGAGACACUUCAUGAGUACUGGGAACGUUUCAAGAAACUAUGUGAUAGUUGUCCAAACCAUCAGAUCAGUGAGAUAUUAUCAGUACAGUAGUUUUACGAAGGACUCAGGGACACCGACAGGAAUUUAGUUGUGCAGCAAGUGGUGGAGCACUUGUUGACAAAACACCCGUAGAUGCAAAGAAACUGAUUGCAAACAUGGCUGUAAAAUCUCAGUAUCGAGGAGGUCGAAAUAUCAAAUCCACUUCUGUACGUCAAGUUAAUGAAGUGGUGAGUUCUAACCUCGAGCAACAAGUAGCUAAACUCACUUCCUUAGUGGAGCGAGUAAUGAUCGAAAAAGGGCAAGAAAAAGCAUGUGGCCUCUGUUCAAUGGUAGGACACCCAACCGAUAUGUGCCCUACUAUGAAAGAAGAACAAGUGAAUUCUAUUGGUGGUGGUCAGGAGUAGCAAAGACGUCAAGAUCCGUUUUCUCAGACUUAUAAUCCGGGGUGGAUAGAUCAUCCAAACCUGAGAUAUGGUAAUGCUUAGCAGCAGGCAGGCAACUCUAACCUCGGACCACCAGCUUUCCAGCAACAACAAGCAUCUAAUCCUCCACCUGGUUUUCAUCAGCAACCACAAUAUCAGCCGCGACCUCAAAAUCAGCAAGUUUCCCAGCCACAAUCUAGUAGCAUGUCUCUCGAAGAUAUCGUGAAGGCAAUGGCUGACAACACUUUGCAUUUUCAGCAAGAGACAAGAAGUGGUCUAAAGAACUUAGAGAACCAAGUCUCUUAGUUAGCUAACACAGUAGGAAAGCUCCAAGCUCAGAGUUUUAACAAGUUGCCAAGUCAACUAGAGAAAAAUCCAAAGGAGAAUGCAAGUGCAAUAUCACUUAGAAGUGGCAAGCAAUUAGAGAUCCCAGCGAAAAAGAUUGAAGGGCUGGCAGAACACCAAGAGGAAUAGGAAACUAUUGUUCCAGAGCAAGAUAAGCAGCUCCCUAAGGUAAGUGAUGUUGUUUCUCCUAAUACUAAUCAGUUUUCUUCUUCUGUUCCAUUUCCUAGCAGGUUAUCAUCUAAGAAUAAGAAAAAGAGCAUGAAAAGGAGAAAAAGACCCUAGACAUUUUUCGCAAGGUUGAGGUGAACAUACCUCUACUAGAAGUGAUUAGGGGAUUUUUUCCCCGCCACGUGGACCACUUAAGCUCUGCCACGUGACCGCUAUGUGGACCAACAAGAGUCCGCCACGUGUCACCUCAUGAGAGGUCAAGGGUGGACCAAUCAGGCCACGACACAUGGCAGACAGAUAGCCAACCCGAAAACUAGCCUCUAACGGCCUAAAUUCCUAGGCAAAGCCCAGUCAGUCCUAGGUUUACUAAAACCUAGUACUAGGCACGUUUUCCAACACCCUAUAAAAGGGAGAUGUUCCCUCUGAGGAACAUCAUUCAGAAACAAUUAAUUCACAUACACAUUAACUCACAAUCAAAGAAAGUCAGACACCUGACACCUCGAACUGAGCAAUUACGCAUUGUAGAUACUCUCUUGGAGUCCAAGAGAGACCCUUUACUUUCCGCACUUUACUCCUCAAACACGUUGUAACUUGAUCGUUGGAGGCGGAACUCCCACCCACAGGA